AUGUCUAAAGCAGUAGGAAUCGAUCUUGGAACCACAUACUCCUGUGUGGCUCAUUUCGCCAAUGACAGAGUCGAAAUCAUCGCCAAUGACCAGGGAAACAGAACCACUCCCUCGUUUGUGGCCUUUACCGACACUGAACGACUCAUUGGUGAUGCUGCCAAGAACCAGGCUGCCAUGAACCCUGCAAACACAGUAUUUGACGCCAAGCGACUGAUUGGCCGAAAAUUCGACGACCCUGAGGUCCAGAACGACGCCAAGCACUUCCCCUUCAAGAUUAUCGAUAAGGCUGGAAAGCCAAACAUCGAGGUCGAAUUCAAGGGCGAAACCAAGGUCUUCACCCCCGAAGAGAUCUCUUCCAUGAUCCUCACCAAGAUGAAGGAAACUGCUGAGGGAUACCUUGGAACAAAGGUGAACGACGCUGUCAUUACCGUUCCCGCAUACUUCAAUGAUUCUCAGCGACAGGCCACCAAGGACGCAGGUCUUAUUGCUGGUCUGAAUGUUCAGAGAAUUAUCAACGAGCCUACCGCUGCCGCCAUUGCCUACGGUCUCGAUAAGAAGGAGACUGGCGAGCGAAACGUGCUCAUUUUCGAUCUUGGAGGAGGAACUUUUGAUGUUUCUCUUCUGUCUAUCGAAGACGGCAUCUUUGAGGUCAAGGCCACCGCUGGAGAUACCCAUCUCGGUGGUGAGGACUUUGACAACCGACUCGUGAACCACUUUGUUCAGGAGUUCAAGCGAAAGCACAAGAAGGACAUCUCCACCAACCAGCGAGCUCUCCGACGACUGCGAACCGCUUGCGAGCGAGCUAAGCGAACCCUUUCGUCUUCCGCUCAAACAUCCAUUGAGAUCGACUCUCUCUACGAGGGUAUUGAUUUCUACACCUCCAUCACCCGAGCCCGAUUCGAGGAACUCUGUCAGGAUCUCUUCCGAGGCACUCUCGAGCCAGUUGAGAAGGUCCUGAAGGACGCUAAGAUGGACAAGGCCUCGGUCAACGAGAUUGUCCUUGUUGGUGGCUCCACUCGAAUCCCCAAGGUGCAGAAGCUCGUUUCUGACUUCUUCAACGGAAAGGAGCUGAAUCGAUCUAUCAACCCUGAUGAGGCUGUUGCCUACGGUGCUGCCGUCCAGGCUGCCAUCCUUUCUGGUGACACUUCCUCUUCCACUCAGGAUAUUCUGCUCCUCGAUGUUGCUCCGCUGUCUCUGGGAAUCGAGACUGCUGGCGGUGUUAUGACCAAGCUCAUCCCCCGAAACUCUACUAUCCCCACCAAGAAGUCCGAGACCUUCUCCACCUACGCUGACAACCAGCCUGGCGUUCUGAUUCAGGUCUUUGAGGGUGAGCGAGCUCAGACCAAGGACAACAACAUCCUUGGUAAGUUUGAGCUGUCCGGUAUUCCUCCCGCUCCUCGAGGUGUUCCUCAGAUCGAAGUCACCUUCGAUGUUGACGCCAACGGUAUUCUCAACGUCUCCGCUGUUGAGAAGGGUACUGGUAAGACUCAGCAAAUCACUAUCACCAACGACAAGGGCCGACUUUCCAAGGAGGAAAUUGAGCGAAUGGUGAACGACGCUGAGAAGUACAAGGACGAGGAUGAGAAGGAGGCUGCUCGAAUUGCCGCCAAGAACGGCCUCGAGUCUUACACCUACUCUCUCAAGAACACUUUCUCCGAGGAGAAGUUCAAGGAGAAGGUUGACGAGGCUGAGCGUGAGAAGCUUGAGAAGGCCAUCAACGAGACCAUUGAGUUCCUUGAUGCCACUCAAUCCGGUGCUACUGAGGAGUACUCCGAUAAGCAGAAGGAGCUCGAGGGCAUUGCCAACCCCAUUCUGAUGAAGUUCUACGGAGCUGAGGGUGGUGCUCCCGGUGGAAUGCCCGGAGGAGGUAUGCCUGGUUCUGGAGCCGCUCCUGGUGGCGGCGAGGGUCCCACUGUUGAGGAGGUUGACUAA